AUGAAGCAAGAAGCUGAGAACUCUACCAUUGAUUCCGGAAGCAUUAGAGAUGCCAUCUGCAACGCUGGCGCCGGAGCCGCCGCUGGUGCAAUAGCUGCGACUUUUGUUUGUCCAUUGGAUGUAAUCAAGACAAGGUUACAAGUUCUUGGCCUUCCAAAAACUCCAAAGUCAGGUCAAAGAGGUAGUGUGAUCAUAACAAGCUUAGGGAAUAUAGUAAAAAAUGAAGGUUUCAGAGGAAUGUACAGAGGCCUUUCACCAACCAUCAUAGCUCUUCUUCCUAAUUGGGCUGUUUACUUUUCUGUUUAUGGAAAGCUAAAGGAUCUGCUCCAGCAAAAUGAUGGAAAGCUAAGUUUUGGAGGGAACAUGGUAGCUGCUGUUGGUGCUGGAGCUUCAACAGCUAUUGCAACUAAUCCACUUUGGGUUGUCAAAACAAGAUUAAUGACUCAAGGAAUGAGACCGGGUGUGGUACCUUAUAGAAGUUUACUAUCUGCAUUUAGCAGAAUUUUUCAGGAAGAAGGACUCCGAGGUUUGUACAGUGGCGUUGUACCUUCUUUGGUAGGAGUAAGUCAUGUUGCAAUCCAGUUUCCAGCUUAUGAAAAGAUCAAACAAUACAUGGCUAACGCAGGUAACACAAGUGUGGACAAGUUAAGCCCUGGUAAUGUCGCGUUCGCCUCUUCCAUAUCUAAAGUAAUUGCUUCUGUAAUGACUUACCCACACGAGGUUGUUAGGUCCAAGCUUCAAGAACAAGGGCAAGUAAGAAACGUAGAAGCUCGGUAUUCAGGAGUCAUGGACUGCACGAAGAAGGUGUUUCGAAACGAAGGGCUUCCCGGGUUUUACCGAGGUUGUGCCACAAACCUACUCAGGACAACACCUUCUGCUGUCAUUACAUUUACAAGCUAUGAGAUGGUUCAUAGGUUUCUUGUACAAGUACUGUCUCCAGAGAAGGAAACAUCAUGA